AGAUACCCCUCAGUCGUGAUGGGGACAAAUGCACUUCCCCCAGAGGACCGUUUGCUCAAGUUCCUGGUGGAUAAUUCGACAGACAGUGUAGUACAAUGUGCUAACUGUGAUGUAGAGUGCAAAGCACAGGAAGCUGGGGCCAUGUAUUACUGUAACACCUGCAGCCAGCCACUGUGUGGACAGUGCAGAGAGCUCACACACAAAGCCAGGAUGUUUUCCCAGCACGAUAUUGUGUCCCUGGCCAAACGCACCAAAGAGGGCCACCGCAAGUGCUCACUCCAUGAAGAGUUGUACAUCAUGUUUUCGACAGAGAAAAAGUCCAUGCUGUGCACCAAUUGUUUCAGAGACAUGCAAAUUGAGAAUCGCACCCACUGCAUUGACAUUGAGACUGCAUAUGGGCAGGGAUGUGAAAUUCUGGAUCAAGCUGUUCUGGCAGUGAAGGAGCUGCAGACGUCAGCGCGAGAGGCCAUCGUAUUGCUGAAGGCCAUGCUGGGUGAAGUGCGGACAAGCGCUGAGGAGGAGGAAAGUGCUAUCUGUACUCUGUUCAACAGUAUGCAGGAAAAACUCACAGAGAGGAAAAAGGCCAUGUUAAAUGCAGCUGAAAGUCAACAUGAAGAGAAGGAGAAGGAACUAAAGGACCAGCUUUCUCACUUGGCCACCCUAUUGCCCACCCUUCAGGUGCACCUGGUCAACUGCUCCGCUUUUCUCAGCUCAGCCAAUAAAUAUGAGUUCUUAGAUAUGGGUUAUCAGUUGAUGGAGAGACUGUGUGGCAUUGUAAAGCUUCCUCACAAGCUUCGUCCUGUCCAGAGAAGUAAGAUAAACACAGACUACCAUGCUGAGUUUGCCCGCUGUCUGGAGCCUCUUCUGUUGUUGGGCCAGCGGAGGCCUGGCUCUGUAACUGCAGGAAUUACCCUGAAGGGUCUGAUGCUGUCCCCUCUCUCUAUGUCGUGCCUGUCCCCUUUUUUCGGUGAAAUGCCUUUUGGCCGCCGGCCCACCUUUCACCGAAACAUUUGCACCAAGUUGCUUCUGGCUGAGGGCACAGAGUCACCCUUCACUGAGCACUGCCGCAACUUUGAGAAGAGCUACAGGGUUCUUCAGUCAGAAGUCCAGAGGCUGAAGGACGAGGUUCAAGAGAUGCACAGAGACCUAACAAAACAUCACUCUCUCAUCAACACGGACACUAUGGAUGAGAUCCUGGAAAGGUCUGUACUCAUUGACAAACAGAUCACGUCUCAAUACUCUGCAGUGCAGACCCAGAGGGCCAUAUUUGAGGAGAUAUGGGAUGUGACCUUUCAAAGAGUAACCAAAGAGCAAGAGAUCUACGAAGCACAGCUCCAUGACCUUCUGCAGCUGAAGCAAGAAAAUUCCUACUUGACAACCAUUGCAAGACAAAUUGGACCCUACAUCUUAUCCAUAGCAAAAGUAAAAGAGCGUCUGGAACCCAGGUUUCAUAAGACAGAGAAUGACUGCAUGGACACUGUAGUGAAAAUAUGUGAGGACAGUGCAAUGACUGCUGAACAAAACAGGUUAGCAUUUGAUGUCACUAUAAAACAGCUCAAAGUGCAUAUAUUAAAACAUUAUAAGACAGAAUGACAAACCAUUUCUUUCUCCAGCUGCAAUGAGAAGAGUCGCUCAGCAGGAUACGAUUGGGACCCUGGCACAGACAACUCUCUUAUCCUGGCGCCUGUAGAAACGCUACUAAAGAGCAAUGACUUGUGCUGGCAAGGAAAGCAGAUAAAUAUUUCAAAGUCCUCUUGCGGCAAAGAGCUGCCACUAUAGAGCUCCAUGAACACUGACCACAAAUGUGGCAUGUGCUUUCAAGCAUGUGCUAGAUGUCAACACAUGAAACUGAAAAAUAAGAAGGAGAUGAAUGGAAUAUUGAUAACA